AUGACCAACUCUUCCUUGCUCAUUUUUGCACUUGCAUUUUGUGUCAACUCGUUUGUUCAUUCUGCAACCUUAGCUUUGCCUGCAAGUAGAAUUAAAGACAAUAUGGCAAACCAAGAUAGCUUUAGUUCUGUGAUGGAUGAUGAUGCCCUGAAUGGAGUAGGACCUGGUGAUUUCUCUCUCACUAGGUUCCCUCUCAUAGAGGGAAGGCUGGCUGAUGAAGAUGGGACAAAGAGGAUCUUCAUCCUUUCAGAUUUAGGAUCAAAAGGGGUUUCUGGGAGUGACGCAAGCUCUGGUUUUGGCCGAACCUUUCCCGUGCUAUCACCAUGGAGAAUCAACCGUGCUCUUGCUGCAACUCAGAAGGAUGAGUGGCACAAUGCAGAUGAUCUCAUCCCCAUGGCCAAGAGAAACACGGACAAUAAGAUGCUUCGGUGCAUGAUCGGGAGGGUGUACCGACCCUGCUGGCAGGCUUGA